AACCUUUUGGAAUUCAGCCUAGGCCAUCCUCUUUGACAUUCGCUCACUCCUGGCUUGCACUCUCUCUCACUCUUUCCCUAAGGAAAGCCUGAUACUUAAGAGGGUUGAUUUAUCCUGAGGAAUUCAGUGCAUAAAGCCUUAACCACAGUCAUAGGAUCACUCAUGAUGUACAGCUUCAUGGGAGGGGGCCUUUUUUGUGCCAUUGUGGGGAACAUCCUGUUGGUGGUCUCCACAGCCACAGACUACUGGAUGCAGUACCGUCUGUCUGGCAGCUUCGCCCAUCAGGGCUUGUGGAGAUACUGCAUGUCUGGAAAGUGCUACAUGCAAACUGACAGCAUUGCAUACUGGAAUGCCACUCGUGCUUUUAUGAUCCUGUCGGCCAUGUCAUGCUUUGCUGGCAUCAUCGCAGGAAUCCUCUCCUUUGCCCACUUUUCUGCCUUUGAGCGGUUCAACCGAUCAUUUGCCGCUGGAAUCAUGUUCUUUGUUUCAACUCUCUUUGUUCUGCUUGCAAUGGCCAUUUACACUGGGGUGACUGUGAACUUCCUGGGCAAGCGCUUUGGUGACUGGCGCUUCUCUUGGUCCUACAUACUAGGCUGGGUGGCCCUGCUAAUGACCUUCUUUGCAGGUAUAUUCUACAUGUGUGCCUACAGAAUGCAUGAGUGCAGAAGAGUGGCUGGCCCACGUUAAUGGAAAGAGGAAAAAGUGUGUCAGGGCUGCGGAAGACAUUAGUUUACAUUUAAAGAUUGGCACCGUGGUGGAAAACAAUAAAAUUUGGAAAACUG